AUGGGUUUUUCUUCAUCAUUAUCAACUAUUAUUGAAAAUACAACAGAAAUAUCUAUAACCGAUUCAAUAUCAUUAACAAAUAUACAAAAAGUACUUGAUGAUUCUAGUCAAAUUUCAUCUAUACGUUAUAUUGAAUCAUCAUCAAGGGAAGAUCAAGAUAUAAGUGAAACAAAAUUAACAUUCUCUAGGGAAUAUACUGAGUUAAGGGUACCCAAAAAAGUACCCUGAUACCAGUAUGUCACAGGAACUUUUGGGUACCAAAGUACUUGCAGGUACUUUCAGGUACCUAGGUGGUACUAUGGCAAGUACCCUGCUGGAGAAUGCACAGUAAUUGGAUACCUAAAGGUACUGAUCAAGUACUGAAUUGGGUACUAUUGUAUAGUAUUCCUAAGUACCCUGUUACCAAAUUUUCAGUAUGUUCAGGAUCGAACCUGAUCUUUGACUUUUUAAAAUUUUUUCUUUUGCUUGAGGUAAUUUACUAGAUUUUUUUUUACUUUAUUCAAUUUAAUUUUUUCAAUUCUAAAAACUUAGCAGGAACAAUGUCGGGAUCCGACUCAACUUGAGUUGUUCGUAGACCACUUCAGGGUAGUCCGAUCUUAAUUUACAACCAAGCUCGGCAUUUCCUCGACUAAGAAAUAGUCAAGAAUUAGUUUAGAAAAAACUAGUAUGAAAAGUGGUGAUUUAGU